ACCCUACACGCAGAAGGGAGGGAAAUUUCGCCCAUUUAUUUUCGCGAAAAAGAGAGAAAAAACCCCAAAACCCCCCACAGCCCUCGUUCUCUCUCUCAUCAGAAAACCGGCCUCAAAUCCGUGCGCCUUCUCUGAACUCGCCGCUACCGUCGGAGAUCGCCCCUCCGUCGGAGUUCACCGCCGCCAUCGAGCCCUGAAGUUUGCCGCCGCCGUCGACUCUGUUGUUUGCCGACGAAUCCCCAUAAAAAAACCCUAGUUCUUCCUUCCCAAAUCGGAUCUCGCCGCCUCUCCUCCUCCUCAUUUUCGCCGAUGAAUGUGUUUAAGCCAGCGCCAUUUGGCAGCCGCAAGUGGACGGGCUGGAUGUGAGGGGCCUGGUAAGUGCUUUCGGCUUUACCCAGAAAGUGAGUUUGGCAAACUUAUGGAUUCCGCUGUUCCUGAAAUUAAGAGGUGCAACCUAUCAAACGUUGUAUUACAGCUCAAAGCACUUGGGAUUAAGGACAUCUUCUCCUUUGAUUUCAUGGAAAAGCCUUCAAGAUCCAGUCGGGCUUCAAAUGGUUCAUAUGGAUAAAUGUUGGAUGACACUGAAAAGACUGAUUGGGUAUCGAUGAUCGAUGUGUGGGAAACUGAAGAAUGAAAGGGCUCUGAAAAGUAUUAGGCCAAAUAUUGGUGAUGUUGAUGCUGCAGCAGUGGCAUGUGGAUUUGGGCGGGCAAGUGGGAACAAGGUACGAAGCUUCAAUGGUUGCCACGGACAGCGAUCACAAACCUGUAAGAUAUUCAUAUAGAACUUGGCUUCCCCCUGUUGAGGUUUCUGAUAAAGGUAGUGCUUUGGUUCAGGAAAUAAUCAAAGAACUGAUGGAAAGGCUACCACACAUGAAAGAGUUUAUGGAUAUGUACUGUGGUCCUGACAGAGUGACUGCAAAGCAACAAAUACAGGAGUUAGAUAGAGUCGCAAAAACUCUACAAGAGAAUAUACCUUCAUCUGUGAAGAGGUUCACUUAUCGUGCCGUUCUUUCACUUCAAGUUUUCUUUUUUUUUCAACUUAGUUUAGUUUCCUGUAAAUCUUAUAAUGUUCAGUGUAGGCUUGUAGUUGAUAGAAAAGAUAUUACUUUUGGCGAUGCAAAUUAG